GCAGGACAGCCCGAGCGGGAACGCGCGUGGUGUCUCCUCCGCAUCUGACGUAGUAGGAGGUUUUGUGCGGGAGCGAUCUCUCAACUGGAGCCAGUCGAAGCCGCAGAAUUCGAGGAUCACUUGUCCUGCUGAGGAUCGAUUGCGAGGUCGGCGUCACGGUUGGGUAAAAAAUGUCAGGGGAUAAGGUGAAAGCACGGACCCCAGAGGAGGCGCCGGCGGACGGAACGGAGGUGCAAGAAACGAUAAACGUUAGUCUGGAGAAAGCAGAGGAGGCAAAACUGAAGGCCAGAUACCCAAAUUUAGGACAUAAACCUGAUAUGCUUCGCAAACGCUUGCAGAAAGGGCAAAAAUAUUUUGAUUCUGGAGACUACAACAUGGCCAAAGCAAAUAACAAGAACAAACAGUUGCCGACUGCUGCUGCGCCAGAAAAGAGCGAGAUCACAGGGGACCACAUCCCCACCCCCCAGGACUUGCCCCCAAGGAAACCCCCUCUAGUGGCCAGUAAACUGGCAGGCUAAUCCACAUCCAGCCUCAGACACAUAACUCACUCCAGUCAAGCCCCAGAGCUAUUACAUUACCUCUUCUGUUCCACGGGCUUUUCUUUCCACACCCGUCCCGACCCCUCUCACCCAAAACUCCCGCUGACCUGCUUUAGACCCAGUAUGGCCGCCUCAAACAAAUCCCUUCAAAAUGAAUUUGACCUGCCUUAUUCCUUUAUUUUUCUUCCUAAAAUCCACUGGAUUACAGUGUGAGGGAAUGAAUAGCAUGUAGGAAGGACGAGCAGCAGAAGCCACAGCCGUCGCAUUUGGAGAACUUUAGCAUGAUGCUCAGGACCCGUUAGCGUGAAGUUAUGUUUGCAAAUAGAUUUAUAUUUGUAUGUUGUUCACAGGAGCACGUAUUAGCUUUUAAGAAUGUUUUACAGUCUAAUCUAGUUUUGUUUUACGCCUUUUUUUCCCCUGAAUGUCAAUAUACCUAAGGGACAGUAAAUGUCCACCCAGAAGACUGACACUGGAAAGCUGAACCAAACUGCAUGAACCGUCAUGCUCAAGGGGAGGCUGGAGGGGGGGGUCCAUAUGUGACUAUGGAUACGUUUCUGUUAGUGAGGGGGGGGGACCAGAUUUUAAGUCCUGUUUGCUGUUAGAGCGUAAACCUAUAAAAACAUUCACGAUGAACAAGUUUUGACUUUUAAAAAGAUUGUGUUAUAUGACGUUGAAGUAGUUCCACCCUGAGAUUCUCUACAUCUCUCGUGCUUUUAAAGGGUCCUUACUGGUUUGGGAAUCGUAGCACUGCAUCCAUACGAUCUCUGCAUGUAUAUGAUCGCGCUGCUGUCACAAUGUGCCAUUUUGUUUUGUAAAUAAACUAGUUUUGCACAAAUACUUCA